AGUUUCGUCGAACAGGAAACAGCAACAUUCUCCUCUCAGAAUGAAAUGCACAGCACGUUCGCAUUCUUUCGAGGUUCGAGGAGCAAUACUUUAGUUGACGUUAGCAAGAUCUUGGUCAUUUACGGGUUCCCAUUAGCAGUGACUAAACACAGAGACGAUGACACAGCCAGCAGACUCUAUUCUACACAGCGGUUACUUUCAUCCCACUCUGAGAUACUGGCAGACCUGUGCUUCAGACCUCAAACCAGAUAACCUCAUAUAUCCUAUCUUCAUUACUGACAGUCCUGAUGCAGUGGAACCAAUUGCAAGUCUACCUGGUCAAGCGAGAUAUGGUGUAAAUAAGAUAGAGGGUUUACUUCGUCCCCUUGUGGAUAAAGGCCUGAAGUGUGUGCUGAUUUUUGGAGUUCCUGCAAAAGUUGUGAAGGAUGAGAGGGGCUCUGGGGCGGACACAGAUGACACUCCUGCAGUGCUGGCUGUGAAGAAACUGAGGAGCACAUUCCCUGAUCUUGUGUUGGCCUGUGAUGUGUGCCUUUGCCCCUACACCUCUCAUGGCCACUGUGGAAUCAUGCGUGAAGAUGGCAGCUUGGAUAAUGCUGCAAGCUGUUUGAGGUUGGCUGAAGUAGCUCUGGCUUAUGCUCAAGCAGGAUGCCAUAUCAUCGCCCCUUCAGAUAUGAUGGAUGGACGAAUUGCAGCCAUUAAGCAAGCUCUUAUCGCCAAUGAUCUUGGCAACAAGGUGUCAGUGCUGAGCUACAGUGCUAAAUUUGCCUCAUGCUACUAUGGACCAUUCAGGGAUGCUGCACAAUCUAAGCCUGCUUUUGGAGACAGACGAUGUUAUCAGCUGCCGCCUGGUGCCAGAGGACUAGCACUGCGGGCCUGUGACCGGGAUGUGAAAGAAGGUGCUGACAUGCUGAUGGUGAAACCUGGAUUACCAUACCUGGAUAUUGUGAGAGAGGUUAAGAAUAAGCACCCUACUCAUCCGCUGGCAGUGUAUAAUGUAUCAGGCGAGUUUGCCAUGUUGUGGCAUGGAGCUGAAGCUGGAGCUUUUGACCUGCGCACUGCAGUUAUGGAGGCUAUGACUGCUUUCCGUCGAGCAGGAGCUGACAUCAUUAUCACCUACUACACUCCACAAUUACUCACAUGGUUAACAGAGUAACAUUCUCCAAUAUGAAUGAACUUGGAUAAUACCAAAUCUACUGUCUCACCCUGAGCCUGAAAAUUAGGACUUUAAGUAAAUCUGAUAAGCAAAUAUUACUACACAAAUCAACAACUUUUUUCCACAUUGUCUGAUUUAUGUAUCUAGUUAUAAACACAUUCAAUCAGCUUCGGUUUAUAUACUUUUCUUUAAUUUUGGCAAUCUUUAGUAUUUUUUUUUAGUGUACAGAUGUUAAAUUGGUCAUUUUUUUUCCUAAAUGUGAUUGAUUACAUCACAGGUUUGUUGUCAUUUUAAUGUGCUUCUAUAACACUGGAAAUAGACCUCAGGUUUGUAAUUACAGCUGUUUAGUUUUCAAAUCAAUGUACUAAUAAUCACAAUAACACAGGAAGUCCUGUUGGCAUUUCCAUUUUAAGUUUUACAUUGUUUCAUGUAGUGCAUUUUCUAAAUGUUUAUAGCUAAAAAGAUAUGAAUAAAUCAAGAAAUAAACAUGGUAAACAUAAUUUGUUUAUUAAAGUUUAAUAAACAUUG